GUAUGUACACAACCCAACCCAACCCAUAAAUUCUCUAACCUCACUUUGCCGCCUCCGACCGACCGUCGAUCCCUUACCGACCCCGGCCAUCGUUGCAACGCUUCUGCCGCCGUUAAAAUGUCAUUUUCAGUGCUAACUCACGGUUUCGGUGCUAUCUCUCUUUCCAUUCCCAACAAUUUCAAUCAUCCUCGCCGGUUUUACUCUCACAACGCUCAUUCCCAACCAUUACAUCACAAUCACAAUCACAAUCACAAUCUUAUUGUUGAUGUUGAUGAUGCAGUUUCUUCAUUCAAUCAAAUGCUAUAUAUCAAACCUACACCAUCCAUUAUCAAAUUUGGUAAGAUUUUAGGUUCUCUUGUUAAAAUCAAUCAUUUUCAUACUGUUAUUUCCCUCUCUCAUCAAAUGGAACUCAAACAAAUUCAACCUAAUAUUGUUACUUUAAACAUCUUAAUCAAUUGUUUUUGCCAAAUUCAUCAACUCAAUUUUGCAUUUUCUGUAUUGGGGAAAAUUAUCAAAUUAGGUUAUCAACCUGAUACAGUAACAAUGACUACACUUAUCAAUGGCAUGUGUCUUAGUGGUCAGGUUAAUAAAGCAUUGCAUUUUCAUGACGAUGUUAUAUCAAAGGGAUUUCACCUUGAUCGAAUUAGUUAUAACAUCUUGAUUAACGCGUUAUGUAAAACCGGGGAAACAAAAGCUGCCCUAGAGAUUCUUAGAAAGAUUGAAGAGUUAAUGGUUAAACCAAACGUGGUAAUGUACAACACGGUCAUUAAUAGUCUGUGCAAGGAUAAACUUGUGAGUGAUGCCUUUCAUUUAUAUUCUGAAAUGAUUGUCAAGAAAAUUGCUCCGGAUGUUGUUACGUACACUACUUUAAUAUAUGGUCUUUGCAGUGUGGGUCAAUUGAACGAAGCGGUUGGUUUGUUAAAUGAAAUGUUGUUGAAAAAUAUUAGCCCGAAUGUUCGUGCUUUUACUGAGUUGGUUGAUGGUUUAUGUAAGGAAGGAGAGAUCGAAAUAGCUAGAAAUGUCUUAGCUGUUAUGAUAAAACAAGGUUUUAAACCAGAUGUUGCUACGUAUACUUCUUUAAUAUAUGGGUAUUUCUUGGUUAAAGAAGUGAACAAGGCUACAUAUGUAUUCAACACUAUUGCUCGAAGGGAAGUGAAACCUAAUGUUCAUAGCUACAAUGUCAUGAUUAAUGGAUUAUGCAAAAAUAAAAUGGUGGAUGAAGCCGUGAGUCUCUUCAAAGAAAUGCAUUUGAAAAACAUGGCUCCUAAUACUGUAACAUACAAUUCACUUAUUGAUGGACUUUGCAAAUCAGGGAGAAUAUCUGAUGUUUGGGAUCUUCUUGAUGAGAUGCAUGAUAGAGGCAAACCUGCUAAUGUGAUCACUUAUAGUUCUUUAUUGGAUGCUUUGUGCAAAAAUCAUCAGGUUGACAAGGCGAUUGAAUUAUUGAGGAAGAUCAAAGACCAAGGAAUUCAGCUAGAUAUGUAUACAUACACAAUACUUAUUGAUGGGCUAUGCAAAAAUGGAAGACUUAAGGAUGCACAAGAGAUUUAUCAGGAUCUUUUGAUUAAAGGCUAUAAUUUUGAUGUGAAGAUGUAUACUGUUAUGAUUAAUGGGCUUUGUAAGGAGGGCUUGUUUGACGAAGCAUUGUCCUUAGUGUCAAAAAUGGAAGAAAACGGUUGCACCCCUGAUGCUGUUACUUACGAAACUCUUAUUCGUGCUUUGUCCGAAGACGACAAGAAUGAUAAGGCGGAGAAACUUCUUCAUGAAAUGAUUUCUAGAGGUCUUUUAUAAUAGUAAAACUGAAUAUGGAAGGGUAAUUACAAUGCAAACAGAAAGGAAAAGAAAAUCUGAUAGGAUCACUACCAGCCUAGCCAAAUGGUUCCCUCAGUCGAGAACAUUCUCUUUGAUCAAUCUCACUAUAACCGAAUUCUAUUAUGAUUUUUCUCUCUGAUCAAUCUCACUAUAACCGAAUUCUAUUAUGAUUUGUAGAUAAAGAAGGCCCUCUACUGUUCAAUCAUCUGCUGUUGAACAGGUAUGGUAGAGCUGUUGGAUCUAGGUGCAAGGAAGUGCAGUUGGAUCUACAACAUCUCUGCAAAUGCUGCAGAGGAUCAGGUCCAAAUAUUUUACCCUAUAAACAAUGGUUUGUGUCUAGCAGGCUGCACCUUUAGCUAGUUGCGAGAAAACGUCAUACUGACAUGUGGCCACUCUGUAGUUAACAGAGGCAACUAUAGUGGCGAUGCGUAGAGGCCCCUAGACGCUGUGUGAAACCUCGUUAUGUUGUGUUUGAGUAGCGGAUGCGGCAGAUGAUACAGUGAAGGAAACACUUCUUUGUUAAUACAUGUCUCCUAACCUAUUUGUGCACAAACUAUCAUCUUGACAAGGCAAUUGCACUGUUUACGAAAAUGAAGGGUCAGAGUAUUCAAGCAGACACAGUAGUGAUUGACGGGUUGUACAAAGGUGGAAGACUUAAGAAUGCACUCAAGGUUUUCAAGAUACUUUUAAUUAAUGGUUAUCAUCUAGAUGUCUUCUUGACGUAUAAUGCUAUGAUCAAUGGCCUUUGUAAAGAGGGCUUGUUUGAUGAAGUAUAUUUUCCAAGCUCUAUUUGGAAAAGGGUAGAUAUUCUUCUUUGUGAAACGAUUGCUAGAGGUCUAUUAUAAGAGUACAACAAGGUGAGAUGCUUUCUAUUUACAAACUAAGUUAUUUCAAUCUUCAUGACUACCGCCCUAUGUUUAUUUCCUUUUAAUGUCACACAUGGACUUCACUUGCAAUUUUGUUUUUAUUGAAGUUACAUGUUUUUCGGUUCAUAUUGAUAUUGAAAGAAUAGUGGUGGUUAAUCUGUUUUCUAUUUUUUCUAGUCUCGACAUAUUGCAGCUACAGUCUGUUAAUAUCAGCCCUGUUAUCAUUUUAUUAGUCUGAUAAUAUUCAGUUAGUUAGACUGUUACUGUUAUAUCCAGCUAUAAAUAAUAGAACCUGUUAUAGCCAGCUAUAAAUAAGAGAUAUAUUUAGAAAAAAGUAAGAAAUGCAUCUAGAAUUUGUACAAGGUCUUAUAUUUAGGAACAAACAAAUGUUAUAGAUGAACCUUAUAAUUAGGGAUAGAGGGAGUAAAAGAUUUUUUUGAAAUUUUUUUAUUGAAAUUGUUUUACAAAACAUGACUUGUGAGACAUGAAUUUUUUGUUUGUUUAUGUUCUGUUCCAUUUAUGAUAUGGUUUUGAAUUUAAUCUAGUCUAGACAUGUGUUUUAGGCUGCAAUUUACAAUGCAUUGUAAAUGGUUGCAAGUGUGAGUGGUUUUACACUUGUCACAGACUAGCAUUUUAUUUGAGUCAACAGAGCUAAAAUUGUGUCUGGUAUAUUUGUUUUUACUUAUAUUAAAAAUAGUUCCACUUGAUUGUUUUA